CACUCUGUGGAUAGUGGGGACAUCCCCUCCGUGUUUGGGGUGCGGAGGUGGGAGCGUGCCCUGCCCACCGGGAGAAGGGGGGGAGGGGGUCUCAUCUUGCCCGGGGAAGUUGGUCUUACCCUGCCUGGAUGGGGAUUCCCUUGCGCGAGGUGGUGGGGAUGGCACGCGUCUCGUCCUGCCCGCGCAGGGAGAAUCCCUGGCUCGGGAUGGUGGAGGUGGGAACGCGCCUCAUCCUGCUCCGCUGGGGGCUGUCCCCUGCCCGGGGCGGUGGGGCUGAGAGGGAAUGGGGUCCCGUCCUGCCCGGCGGUGCACUGCAGGUCCCUUGGGAUGCAGAGGGCAGGCUGGCGCCCCGGGAAUGUGUCCGGACAGGAAUCCUCUCGCCGGGGGUGCUGUGGGGAGACACCUCCAGCCUGAGGCAUCGGGGAUCCGCUGGCCCAGGGUGCUGUUGGAAAAGGCGGUCGAGGGACUGGGUCCCAUCCUGCCUGAGGAGAUGUGGGGGAGCCUUGGGAUGCCAGAUAUAGAGCUAGUGGCAGGAGGUCGCGUUCUGCCUAGGAAGGAUCUGUCCGGGUUGCUGUGGAGGGAAAGGUUCUGCCUGUGAGUGGGUCUUAUCCUGGCCUGGGGAUCCCCUGUCCGAGAGUGCUGUUGGAGGGGGGAUCCUCCCUUACAUCCUGCCCAGGUGUGUUGAGGGUGGCUGUGAAAGAGGAGGAGAAAUCCCCUGCUCGGGCAGUGCCCUGGGAGUGGGAUCCCAGCUGUGGUGAUGGGGUGAGGGAUCACAUCCCUCUUGGGAGGUGAUCCGCUGCUGCUCUAAGGGAGGUCACAGCUCUGGGGUGUUCACACCCUGCCUGGGUGCUGUGACACCCCAGGGGUGCUUCUGGGAGGCCCCGAGCCAGAAGGGGACAUAGAAAGGGGUUCCCCGCAGCAAAGAAGGCCUGAGCUCUUGGAAGAGGAGUAGCAGGGCCUGGGGUUUGGCUUAGCCAUGGCCUGCGGGGGGCUGGAUAAUGUUACACAGGGAAGAAAAGCUUUGGUACAAACUCACUGACCAGUCUGGGGGUGUGGGGCAGAAAUCUGGGUCCGAGGAGGGGGCCAGCAUCCCAAAACCAGGCAGGGAAGCUGCCAGUGCUGCUGAGACAGAUCUGCAUAUCUUGCCCUGUUGGCAUCGGCUUCGUUCUCUGCUGUGGAGAAAUCCCAGCUCGUGUGCUUGCAGCGGGGCACGGAGAUGUGAGGCAUGGCAGAGGCUUUCCCUGGGGCAGGGUAACGAGAUCAGUGUGAGGGAGCAAUGUUAGAGAGCUUUCCAUCUUUAACCAGUGUGAGAUGAAGUGGGGAAAGAUGCGUUGGUGGUGCAAUAGAAGCGAGUGAAGAUGCAGCUGGGAUGGACUUUGCCAGAGCUGGCAGAGGAAGAGGUCUCCCGGGGAAGUCCUCAUUCUCCAUCCAAAACUCGGCAGCCAUGUGCAGUGAAACCCUGUAGGACAGUUAUUUCUGUAAGAGCAAGUGUGCUAAACCUUUAACUGUGCAAGGCAGAAACAUGAAAUCUUCAGAAUAACCCUGCCCGGAUGCCGAUAACUGUCUGAAAAGUAUUUCCAGAGUAAAACUGCUUCAGAUACAGUGCAUGAAAAAUGCUGCUUUUGUUGUGUUUCAGCCCCUGGAGCCCACCACCCAGUUCCUCCAUGUCCAUAGCCAGCCAGCGUUUCUCUCACCAUGAGUUCUGAAUUAAAUGUCCCGGUGGAUCCCUCCACCCCUGCUUGCUGCUCUGAGCCUGGCACGAAGGGCAUGGAUUACCGGGACUGGGUCCGGCGCAGCUACCUGGAAUUGGUCACCUCGAACCACCACUCUGUUCAAGCCCUUUCCUGGAGAAAGUUGUACCUGAGCCGAGCCAAACUGAAAGCUUCCAGCAGAACCUCUGCUCUGCUCUCUGGAUUUGCCAUGGUUGCCAUGGUGGAGGUGCAGCUGGAGGUGCAGUACAAGUACCCCCAGAUGCUGCUGAUCGCCUUCAGUGCCUGCACGACAGUGCUCGUGGCAGUUCAUCUCUUUGCCCUCCUCAUCAGCACCUGCAUUCUGCCCAACGUGGAGGCAGUGAGCAACAUCCACAACCUGAACUCCAUCAGCGAGUCCCCCCACGAGCGCAUGCACCCCUACAUCGAGCUGGCCUGGGGCUUCUCCACCGUCCUGGGAAUCCUCCUUUUCCUCGCGGAGGUCGUGCUGCUGUGCUGGAUAAAAUUCCUGCCUGUGGGCUCCAUCCUGAAGAACGAGACCACCAACGUGGAGAAGCCCAGCAGCCACGCGGGGUGGCAGUCAGCACUGGUCUCCACCAUCAUCAUGGUCCCCGUGGGUCUGAUUUUUGUCGUCUUCACCAUUCACUUCUACCGCUCCUUGGUGCGGCACAAAACGGAGCGGCACAACCGGGAGAUUGAGGAGCUCCACAAACUCAAAGUGCAGUUAGACGGGCAUGACAGAGGCAUGCAGGUGGUGUGACAGAGCCUGAACACCCCCUCAGCUGGGGCUGAGGGCAGCACACCCGGUUUGCUACUUGGUGGGACGCACCAGUGGUGGAUUGUCUUGAGGCUUCAAUAUGUAAAUGCUAAUUGCCUGCCAUUUCUAGCUGUGGGUUCUUGUGCUGUUUCACAUGCUGGGGUCUCUGGCCUGAUUCUGGUCCUGCACACUCGGUACUUGAGUUGACACUGCCGUGGAGUUCAAGGUCAAAACUUUACCUUAACGUGGGUUCAGGUAGCCAAAAAUCUGUGUUUUUUUUAUGAAUGCAAUAUUCUGUUGCCAAAAGUAAAACUGCGUCAGCUUCCAAAAAGCCAGUGUGUGCGUGUGUGUAGGACCUGUCUUACAUGUCAGAACUCCCUGGCUGUCAGUGCAGCCACAAUUAACUGGCAGCUCAUUUCUAGAGCAGAGCUGGUUAAUGUGGGUACCUGCAGCUGACUCAAGGACAUCCAGGAAAGCACAACAGAAACCGAGAGUGUUGAUCACCAUUGUUCCAAAGCAAGUAUUCCAUAAAUACAUAACCAGAAAGAAAUCAGCCUUAGCUUUUUUGUUCUUUUCUUGCUAUUCUUUACUAUAUUUUUACAGAUGGGGAUGUAGAAUUUUGAGUUGCAGGAAGCUGGGAAGUUCUCUCGUACUUUUUUUUUCAGCAGCAUCCGUCACUUUAGAUCGAAUGAGUGCCAAGAUCAUGUGUUUUUUCCCAAGAAGAGGCAAGAGUGCCCAGGGAAGGCUUACAGGUGUUUUAGUUCUAACAAGGACAUUCUUAAAACAGAACAGUGACGGGGAAUUUAAUGAGACAAAACUUUGAAGGACUAGCAAGGCGAGUUUCAAGGAGGUAAGGAGUGACAGCAAAUAUUGUGCGAAUCUGUUGCUGCGUCUUCUUCAUUCAUGUGUUGCUGCGAUGCCUCUUGCCUGUUUUGCUGGAGAGAACAAGCCCAGUCCUGUGUAUUCCAUCACUUGGCUUUUUUUAAUCGGCUGUAGCAUUUUUCUGUCAGAAAUGAAUGCUUCCUUCUCCCUCCACCAAAGCAGGCAGCUCCUCUGGUGGAACCUGGAGCUGUGCUGGCGAGCCUGAUGGAGCUGGAUCCGGCGGGAAUGCUGUGUGCCAUUAAAGAGCUAUCCAUUUCCCUUGAGCUCAUUUCUUUUUCCAGCAGCUGAGACAACGACGCUUGCAUGUGUGUGUGGCUUAGCAAGGGAAGCUUGUAAAUUCUGUAGCAUCCUUGUGGGUGAAAAACUUCCGUAAAAAAACCCCAAUGUUACGAUAUUUAGUAACUUCGUGGAGGGAAAAGAGUGUUUUGCAGUUGUGAGCUCUUUGAAGGGAAAAUAAGGCUUUCUGCCACACAGGGCUGCAAGAAGCAUAAGCACAUUUUCUUGGCCCUGAUCCUGUGCUGAUUUCCUCCUCUGCACUCAAAAACUGCAGUUUCAGAGUCUCCGAGGCCUUACAGGUUUCUGAAAUCAUUAAGGAUUUUUGUAAUGUUCUAUUUAACCCUGGUCCCUUAUUCCACUGGGAUUUGAGAAAUCUAAUGGCAGUGUAUUAUUACAUGUCAGCUUCCCAGAAUGGAGAGUACAUGCAAACCCCAGGGCAGCAGGGUGAGACUAUCCCAGUAUUCCUCUCUGGCGAGGGCCUUGGGAAACCAACUCUCAUCUCUCUUGUUUACAUGCGAAUGUGAGCGUUGCUGAACAAGUUGCUUAGCACUGUGUCUGUGGCUUUCAUCUGCUGUUCUUGCUGCAGUUGGCAUGUACCAUAUUGGCUGAUGUGCAGCAAAGAAAAAUAAGCUUUGUGUGCUAAAUGACUAAUCUGUACUCAUGUGCAUAUGCAAAAAAAUUAAGGAUUGUCCCCCAGGAAGUGGGUGGUCCUGAAAUUCAUACAAACUCCCCAGGAAUCCGCCCUCUCUCCCCUUCCUCUUUUUACCGUAAUAAAAAUUAAAGGUUUAUACAACAAAAUCAGAGUUGAGUUUUCUGCCAAGUAUUACACGUGUGGGCUCUUCCACCAGGAGAAUUUCUGUUGUGAGGCCAGAGCCAGACCAGAUGGGAUGAGUCUCUCAUCUGUACUUUGCACUCUCCUUUAGCAUCAGUAAUAAUACCCUCGGGUACUGAGGAGCUCGGGAAGUUGUCGAGGAAAGCAUUGAGCCAUUUUUGUAAUUUCAAAGAAAAAGUUUCCCCAUGUGCAGACAGGGCUGUGAAAGCAACGCAGCUUGUUUGGAAACAGCCAAUUUGUUAAUUUAAUUUUUUGCAAGUAUAAUGAACUUCAGCAAAUGGAGAAAUGCAGCAGAAACUGUGCUUUGAUUUUUGUAGAAUAACUCGUUGAGGCUUUGGUGGGAUUGGAUUCAAGAUCAGUCUCAAGGCAGAGCAUCUGUGACUGGAGUGGGAUCGCCUUUACUCCAGGGGGAGUCUGAGGUAUGGUUUCGGAUGGUGUCCCGGGGGCAAAUGUACUUAAAACAGAAUAAUGACGUGCUUUCCCAUCUUUGCUUGCAGCUCUGUGUCUUGUGUCUCUCUGGGCACCGAGUUCUCCCUUCUGUGAGAAGCCCUUGAGAGUAUUUUUGCUCAUUGACUGUGGCACCUGGGAUCUCUCUGGGAUCACCUUCGUGCUGUAACUCCUCUCCUUUCCCAACAACAGCAUUUGCUUUUCUUGCUCCUCCGUCUCUUCCUUCAACUUGUUUACGUUUUCACCUCUGUUGCGUCCAGACUUGUGUUGCAGAUAGGUUACCUGUGGUACCAGCCACAGCAGUUCAUCCAUAAAGGAAGGAGUAGGGAUGUUGUAGUUGUCCAGGUGGGUGUUUCUGUGCUGCAGCACCAGAAAACCCUUGCUCCUGCUGCUGCCCAUGGCUGUCAGCAGGAUUCCCAUCAGUCGAGCAUGAAGAUUCCAGCCUUUCCACACUGUCACUGCUGUCCCAGCAGGGCUGUGUCAUGUCUGGAUUUGCCUGUCCCUUGCUGUCACCUCUCUGUCCUUCCUGGGGUGUCUGUUUGUCAUUCCUGGAGUGUCCCAGGUUUUGUGUGGCUCCGUUCCUGCAAUUCCUGCCCAGAGAUGCUUCUCCCAAGGGUUCCACCCUCGGCUGGGGACAUGUGAUAAGGAUCUCCCUGACGUGUGUGUUGGUUUUCUGUACCAGCCUUGGGCCCUGGGCUGCUGCACCCUGGGGUGGCUGUUGUCCUGAUUCUCAGCCCCCUUGGGCUGUGACUUGCUGGACCAGUUAUUACCUUAUUUGGGCCAUUUCUCCAGUUUUUGCUCUGGGGCUUAACACAGGGACCGCCAUGAUCUCACUCCAGAGUCCUGAGUCUUCCUCCAGAUUUUUUUUUGACAGCUUUUGCCCAGCAGAAAAAUGCCUCUGCAGACUGCAGCACUGCAGGGACCUUGCCUGCCUCUCCUACAGCAGGGAAGGAGCUGUCAAAGACAAGCGUACAGCCCUAAUUUGUAUCAUUCCCAGGCACCUGCCUUGUUUUAGAGGGCGACUCCUCUCUCUCCUUCCCUCGUUAGCAGGAGCAAAGGCAGUGCAGGACUGGGAGCCGGAGGGAGCUGUGGGAGCCAGAGCAGUGUCAGAUUCUCCCUUCGCUGUGUUUAGUGGCAGCUCUCACUCUGUGAGCUCCCUAUUUUUAACAUCACCCCAGGGCAGGCCCGGCUCCCGUUGUUUCAGUGGGUAUGUGACUCUGAGAGGGACUUUAUGACCAGGAGAGAUGGAGCAGUGUUGGGUUUCCACGUGACGGAUGAAAGCGAUCCUGUGCGAGAGCCCCGGGUGGGGCGAGCGCUGCCGUAAGCGCUCAGAUAUGUGGGAGUGUUUAUAGAGAGCUCCGGGGUGGAUUCAGCUGCAGAGAGAACAUCCUUCCUUUUCCCUGGCUCUGGGAUGUGGGGAUGGGCAAGCCCAGCUUGCCUGGAGGACACCUGCGCUGGUCUCCAGGGUGGAGGUGCUCCUUCCGCCUUUCAUGACGUGCUGAUUCUCCUCUGUCCCUGCCUUCAAACAAACAACAAAAGGCUUUUUGGAUUUUCCCGGCUGCUGUAGCUUCUUAAUCUUCUAAAUCUCAUUGCAUCUACUUUUAAGAUAGCUGCCUCAGCACCCCCUCCAGGCUGCAAUCUCAAAUUUGGCUCCCAGCGCGGCUGGGCCAGGGGGGUAUUUUCUGAUUAACUCUCAGGCUCUUUUUCUCUGCACCCGUCUCAGAGCAGUUUUAGUAAUUUGAAUUGACUGUCUGGGUUUGGAGAGCAUUCCCCUGAAUCCCUGCAUGUCCAGCUGGGAGCUUGCCUUCUGCCCAGGGUUGUGACAGUGAUGAGUGCUAAGA